AUGCGAUUUGGAUAUGAAAGAUGGCCGGAAUUUCUGGAUUUCAUGUCAUAUGAAGUAGGUCUUCUGGUGAUAAGCGCUGGAAAAAUACAAGAUCCCGCAACUAGCCUAGAACAUCUUGUUGACUACGGUUACUGGUCGAAAAAGAAAAUGAAUGCCAAAUUGAUGCCUAUUUUCUGCACAGACUGCUCGGGUACGUUCCUUGUUAUCUUCUACUGUGAAUCUCUUUUUAACAAAAUCAAGACAACAGAAAAAGACAAACUUAGUGGCAAGAAAAUGAAUACUGGUGGAAAGACAAUUUUACUACACCACCACUUCAAAGUUGAUUUUAAUGAGCGAUAUCAAAAGAAAUCCCGCCGUGCUAUAAAAAUACACCUUGUCUACCUUACCAAGGAACACAAGUAUAAUAAGACAGCUCUCAAGUACAAAUUUAAGAUCAAAAUCAAAGAGACAAAACAUAAUGAUAAUAUCAAAGUCAAAUGA